GUCGAAUGUCGAAGCAGAAGAUAUGUAGUCGAAAACGCUAGAAUAAGGACAAUUUUGGUUUCUUGUGCUCGCUAAGAGUGUGUCCUCCUGCAAUUAAGUAUGCAAGUGGAGUGAAGAUGCAGAAGAUGAACAUGACGUCCACCUCAUUGAAGACCACAGCGAAUGCGCCAAGUUCUUCUUCUUCCUCCUCGUCGUCGUCAUCGUCCCGUGCGAGCGGUCAGCCGCGGGGCCACGCCGUCGUUCUGGCUGUCGAAUUGUCGCAGGACCUGCUGAAGCCGGAAUGCACAAUCCGCGAACUGGAGAAGGAGCUGGUGCCGUUCGUCCUUUCUCGCACGGUGAAUGCAGAGGCAGACCUGGUGCAACAAUACGUCCGGUCGAGGCAGCAAGCGCAAACAAAACUCAAGCAGCUCACGGGGAAGUUACUGGCCGAGGUAUUAUAAUCUGUGUGGCAAGUUGUGCUUUUGCGUGAUUUUUUUGCCGCACUUCUGCUGCAAAUCCAAAUCCAAGUCACGGUCACGCAAUGACUUUGGGCUUCGCUGAGGUCCUCUUUUUCUUUUCCGUUUCUCCCUCUGGUGUAGUACUUACAGUGAAUCUCGGCAGAGACAGGGACAUAGCAAAGCUCUACUUACUUGCCUGUUUACACUCAUCUUCAGUCUUUCGUAUUAAUUCCUCUCUUCAUCUCGAAACUCUAAUACUAAUCACCAGGCAGGCGAAGACGGUGCGUUGUUUCAGCAAUUUCUCCGGAAGAAAUAUGGGUGCCGGCUUCACUGGGUUGGCGACGUCGUGCGCUUUCUGCAAAAGGAAGAUGCCCAAGACGUUCCUCGGGAGAUCAAGGUGCUGUUCUUCCUUAGCAGUACUGCAGGGUGCACGCCAGAGUUGUUUCAGCGCGCCAGUAGCGGGUCGUGGUCGUCCUCUGGUAUUAAAAAUACAGCAGAGGGCCCGGGGGGGCGACCAGGAGAUUAUAAGCACGUGUAUGAAUUCGAAAUGACACGGUUCGAUCCGGACGUCUUCGAAUCGCGCCUAACCGAAGCCCUGGAGCACGCCUUCAAGCUUGUGCACGGGUCGUCCUCGUCGUCCGCAGCCGGAACAAAAAACAGCCAUGCAGCAGCUGGGGUUCCGAUUCCGUUGCCGCUUUGGACUCAAGUUUUGGGGCACACUAUGGGUAGAGACGAAGACGGACGCCCUGAGAGUGCCACGACAUCCGGGAGUGUUUCGAGUAAAACCAGAGCUCGGACUGCAUCGACUUCUGCAGCUUCGGCGCCACAGAACAGGGAGUCGCGCUUACCUAUGGCCUGCAGCUAGCUGUUACAAUCUUCAGACUCAUCAGCUAAAAAGAGCACAAUUCAUUUUCAUAAGUGAACAAUGAUAAACGCAAGCACUACCGUCAUCUGCUGGUACUGAAACUGAUCGCGAUCAGGUUAAGAAAUAAACGCAAAAAAGCGACGAAGUGAUCUUCAUAUCGUUCCUCCCGCUCGCUCGUGCAUGUUUUUUUUGCAGUCGCAUUGUUCUUUUUCAAAACGAAAUGGAAAAAAUUGGCACAGUCGAAGCUAAUGAUGUGAGGAAGACAUCAGCUGGAGACCGCGCCAUACUGCUCAUCGUGAGUACGCAACGGAGCGGCAGCUGCCUAGACCAGCAGAAGCUCUCCCUGGCUGCACACCUGAUAAUGAAUAAAGAGCUCUUCGUGUCCGUUUCGGUGCUGCUGCUGACGCCCGAGGUAGCAGAAAGCACGAUCCAGGGCUUGGAGCAGUUCUCGGAGAAGCUCGGCGGCAUCUGUCUACACGUGAGGAAGAGGCAAGACAUGAUGGAUUUUUCCCCCUGCUUGCGCAUGUUCUUGCUGCACAAAAACACCUCGCUCAUUGCCGAGCGGAAGCGAUUCUACGUUCUGAAGCAGCAACAGUUACGUUCGUCCUCGCCCCGUCGCAUGCAAUCCACGGUUGCGGAGCUCGUUGCGGACUUCACCGGGGAGGUGUACUACGCAGGCUCCGGCCCUUUUCUAACCGAGGAAACGCACGGCAACGCGGCCGGACCCCUGAAAUUGGUUGACGUCGAAAGCGGCAUCGCGGUCGCAGAAUCACCACGACCUGGAACUACAAUAGAGGAAGAUAAUCACGUUUUCGAAGAAGGUGCAGCCUUGAUAUGUAGUACUCCUGCGGCUGUGUUCGAAGAGUUGAGCUGGACGAUACUACCGUCUCGCACGGCGCUCGACGUGUUGUGCGAAACGAGCCAACACGUCCCCGGGCGUCGCUGGGCGCGGUCGCUUCGCUGGAUGCGGUCCAGGCGGGGCUUGCGUGACUGCCUGUUCGGCGAUCCCGGAACACUGGGCAUGGACAUGGAGGAGGUGGUUGGGACCACGGCUCUAACAGGAAGCGCGACGCUGGAUAGUAUGAGAACCACAGAAGAAGGCGAAGCCUCGCAGCAGGGACACCACGACCUGUAUGUCGCCACAGAACCACUGCCGGCCGCGUCUUAUCAGGAGCAAGUUGCCCCGCUCUUGGGUGGUGGGAGCACGCAGCUUCUCGGCAAUCCGAUGGCCCGGACAUUCGGCGACAAGAACAACCGCGCACUCCCGUCCAACGGGCUUGCGCCUGCGAUCGGCGGUUGGUCGUUGCGCGCGACGCACCCGCCCUCGAGUAUGCUGGAUCUGGAGCUCGGCUCGCGUUUGGUCGCAGUCAAUCUAACAACCUCGGUGCCCACCGUGCUCGAGGACCACCACAGUGCGAACUACAAGGCCGAGACGCAAAGCAAGACGCUGGCGCGAUUGCUCAAGCAGCGGCCCGUCAAUGCGGUGUUUCUGGUGCCCGCGAAACUGAAGCAGAUUCAUGAAUGGUUGACUGCCGUGACCCUGCGGCAAAGUCGCGGGACGCGCAGCGUUGCGACCGCGGAGCUCCAGGAGUACCGCAAAAUCGCGAUCGCGGACCGGCUAUGAAAUGCAAAAGUGUCUGGGUCUGGAAGAACGCAACUUGUGAUGCUGCAUUUGGAUUCCAGAAAAAUCUGUAUUGCGUGAGUACCAAAAGGAAUGUAAUUUUUGCUACGCGGAGAGGGCAUUUGUCAUGCGGAAUAGGCAUCAAGAGGCUCUCAAAAAGUCUGUGAUGCUAGGGCAUGCAUCACAGACAUCAGGGCUCAUGCAGAACGUGCAUGACAAGCACAAGGGUCAGAAUCUCCCAGACCCAGACACUUUUACAGUUGAUACCGGCGCAGCGCGCUCACUGAAUUGGUCGUUGCAGAACUCCGCGAGCGUUUGCCGCCACUUAUGCCCGACAAGCCGCCCCUACAGCGGGCGCUGCAGCAGAUGAAGAAACAGAAGAAGUUCUUGUCCAGCAAGAGCACGAGCGAAGAGGUUCUGUUGGUUUCUGCACCGUGGGAAGAUAAACACGAAGCGUCGCCACCUUCCUUGGCGAUUUCGAGCGCCGCGAACAAGCAUGGCGCUGUUCUUGAACAAAAGUCAAAAAGCGUUUCUACCACGCCAACCUCUACAGACGCCGCAGUCGUCGACUCGACAACUACUACUUCCAGCACGACAGCGGCGCUAGAGCCUGGCGCGCCAAUACCAGAUUCUGGCGUAUCCCGAUCCGAUCCGUUGACUCAGCACCCAUCCGUUUUGCGUCGCGUCAUGUGCUUUGUGGGGUCUAUCGAGUUUCUGGCUCGCGGUGCCGGUGUUUGCCGGUCCUGGCGUAGGGCUCUAGACAGAGCGACGCAACCGCGUCUAUGGAGCUGGCAUGUGCGCUACGGGGAAUACAUCAGCAACGCCAGUCUGCGAGAACGAUAUUGGAACUGGCUUGCCUCUUCGGCGAUUCCCACUGCAGGCCGAGGGGCGACUUUGAGUAGUUCAUCAAAAAAUCACCAGGAUGUUGAGACUGCUUUUUCAGGAGAGCACGUAGAGCAGGCAGCGCUACUCUGCCUCGGCUACGGAAGGUCACCGGUCACGCACGAUUGCAUGAAAGCAGACUUACGAGAGCAGUUAGCCACCGUCGCGGGCUUUUCUCGCGCACUCGGGUGCUUGGAGAGGACCGGUCUGUUGGACCCAAUCCUGAUGAAGACCAGUACCGGCUUGCAAAGGGCGGUAAGCACGUGUCUGUGGAUGAUCUUGGUUUUUCUAGCAAAAAAUGGUACAACGGAGAGGCAGACAUAUAGAAUGCAUCUUCAUUCACAUUCACAUUCUUUCAGGUGAUUCUUUGCCGGCAGUUUCAGACCGUUACUUGCGCAAAAGCCCUGGAUCUGUUUCGUCAUUUCUUCGCAGAGGGUGUGGCUCCCGAGUUGUGGUUCUAUUAUCAUGUGAGCAAUUGCCUGCUGCAACUGCCGAUGCUGUCGAAAGCCGCCGUUCUGCGUGUCUGGGAGAUUUUUCUGUACGAGCGGUCGUGGAAAAUCGUGGUGCGAGUGAUGACCACGGUGCUGGAAAGUCAGCAACAAAAGAUGCGGCGGGAGCUGGGCUCGUGUGAGCGCAUCAUGGCGCACCUGCUGCCUCCCGUGGCGAUCCAGGUUCCCUCCACUUUCCAGCGAGGAGCUCGUGGGGGCACUGCUUCAGCGACGGUUGUACGAAACGAGCACGACCACAUCGCGCCCGCGGGGCAAGCACAUGCUGCACAUGAUCCGAAAAGUCAGGACUUUGGGCCGCGAACCCGCGCGAGAAGGAACGCCGAUAGCGGUUUACUCAACAACAACAUUGCGAACGAUCUGCAUUCCGAUGCGAGCUUCGUGCUGGUGCGCAGCGCUGUGCAGGGGUGCAACGUAACGCGCGCUCUACUAGAGCACAUCGAAUCGGCGCCAUGAACAUGAUCUUCGGGAUAGCUAGAUACAAAUACCAGAUCGAUGUGCGAGUAAAUGACUAUGAGCGCCGUGGUCUCGGGUCCUAUAUUGGUAUUGCACGCAGCCACCAGUUGCUGGAAAAGGCGCGCCUACGAUGCUGGAUCGAAUAGAUCCCUACGGUAAGCCCUUGUGGGGCGCAACAAGGUGCUUACUCUUACCGAAACACCCGACCGGGACGCUUCUCUUGGCACUGACGAAAAUCAAGAUGCCAGAGGAUCAGAAAGCGCGAGGCCCGCCGCGAUCACCUGCCUACAACAGUAGGACGGGCAUACUGUUCGUUGACACGAAUGAAAAUAUGUGACACGAAGAUCACAUGGAACGGUCGAAACGGUUCUAUGAUCACCAACGAAGGCAAAUCCUAAUCCACGUCGAUGAAAGCGCUUGGUUGAUAAAUAAACCAUGUAGCGAUGAUUUGUGUGGGCAGUACGCAAGAAGCCGAACAAACGCGAGCAGUUUUCAACACAGGUGACAGGUUCAUCCGGGAUAAGAAAUGCGAUGAAAAUUAUGCAGCCUGGGAAAAAAUCUAUCGAUCAAGAGGAUGAAGGUCGAAAUAUCAUGGCCAGCGCAGGCAUGAGGGCUCGGCAGUGUUUGACCUUUUCUUGUGC